AUGAUCCCACCCUGCGAUCCAUCCAUAUUAGAUAAAAACCAACAAUUCAAGAAACUGCAUCAACACCUAACGACCAAUCUGCUCAAUCCCGAUGCCUCGACAAGAGCAGAUGGAGAUAUUCCUGAGCGGAAAGCAAUCGCUGAAGAAUUGAAGAAUCUGCAAAUCAAACAUGCGAAAAGAAAGAUAAUCAAACAAACGCUAUGGCGUGCAUGCCUUGAAGAUCCUGUGGAUUCGCGAAACGAUGCAUUGUCGAGCACUAUUCGUGAGACAGGCGCAGUAAUAGCAAUGUUUCUAGGCGCGCCGUCUGGGUUAAAUGAAUAUGAAUCCGGCUCUCUCGUAAAUGAUCAGCGAGAGGCGUCACUGUUAAAGAGCGAUAUUGAGACCUUCCACGACAAAACCAUCCAAGUGUUGAUCCCUCUUCUUUCUGAGACUCUAUCAUCAUGGCUCAAUAGUCUACGCUCAAUUGCCGAUAUGGGAAACCAAUCAUCAACAACGACAGCAUCAUCAUCAAACAUCCCGACGAUAGCAGCAAAUCAGUCCCGGUCACGGAUCAUAUCACGCCUCUCCAUCUCUAAAAGGAUUCAAACGCCACGCCUCUCUCCCCAGGUCGAAGAGAGGAUAGCACGAAUACACCAAAUUCAGAUGCUAGAAUUGCCAUGUUCAAGAAACAAGGUCGCUGUGACUGCGGCAAAUCUUUUAGCAACUCGAGGGGAGGCUAUGGAACGUAUGAUCGUGCUUUUGGAGAGAACGAAACACGGUUCGUUAUCUAGAGCUACCAAAGCGAGGGCUGAUUAUCUGGCGACUGUGGCGGAGUGUAUGAACAAUAAAGCUCAAGUCACAAAACUCGAAACGCUGUCAACUAUAUACACGCCUGAGAAUACAGCCGCUCUCGAGAACUAUAGCGCACAUUUACGCGAAACCAUUACGCAACUGGAAGAAACCCAAAACAUCGCGAAUCAAACAUUGCAAGAAUACGAUCAAGUUGGUACUUCUACUAAGAGAAGAGGCAACACAGGACCAAUGACAGAUAUUGCGCGACGAUAUGGAGAUUUGGCGCAGGAAGUGGAAGCCGUUCAGAGGGAGAUUAAGAAGUUGGAAAUAUAA